GAAGCCCGGAACCUUUCUGCUCUGGUUCCGUUUCCCGGCGGGAGUUGCACACGGUGUAAUCUUGUGUUGGCGCCCGGUUACUAGGCAACAUGUAAGUCAUCGUAUGACGGCGGCCUAGGGCGGGAAAGCCGGUGAUCUAUAGUGAGCGGUGUGUGCGAUGGCCGCCCCCCAGGAUGCGGUGGUGACGGUGAGCGGCUCCGUACAGAAAUUCGUCACCAAGAAGAAGAAGGUGCUGAGUGCGGAGGAGGCCGAGCUGUACGAGUUGGCGCAGGCGGCCGGCAUCGUCAUGGAUCAGGAGGUCUUCAAAAUUCUUGUGGAUUUAUUAAAGAUGAAUGUGGCUCCUUUGGCUGUUUUUCAAAUGCUGAAGUCAAUGUGUGCCGGGCACAGGCUCACAGAUUCUGUGUCUACUGAGUCAAGUUCUCCAUCAAUACAGGCAACACAUACAGAAACCAGAGAACUCCCAUUUAUGUCGGUCAAGAGCAGUACAAUUCCUGCACCUCUCUGCUUUUCCUCUUCUGCCCUUCGACCUCCAAGAAUUAAAGGCACUAAGAUUGUGAUCUACAGCCCCGUUGAUGCUUGUUCACCUCUUUCUCAAGGUCCCCCUGGCUCCUUCCAGCUUUCAUGCUGUCUGUUCUCUCCAUUCGCAGGAAAAACUAAACUGAAUCCAGCAAACACAAUCCAAGGACAAAGUGAACGAAGCAGCCGAGAAGGUUCAAGUCAGAGAGUGCCUCGCCAACCAAGUGCCAGCCGCAUGCAGAAAAGCAGCAGCUCAGGAAAAAGCAGUGGAGGGAGCAGUACAUAGCAGCUGCUGUUGUGGUCUGUUACUGCAGGUACUGAAGCUAAAAUAGUAAAACUUGAACCAUGCUGCAGGAAGGAUAAUGUCCUUCCCGCAGAACUAUAUUCUAGCUGGAUGAUCUGAAGGGGAAAACUAGAUGACCCUUUGCUGUUACCUCCAUUGUGUUGUGUGCAGUAUGCGUGUAAUGAUCCUGGUGUCUUAGCUUUGUGAGUUGUAUUAAGCCAAAGCCUUAUGAUUAAACCUCACCACAUCCAUCGUGCAAUGACAAAGCCUUUACUGUAUAUCAUGUAAAAAUGAAAAUGAUGUAUAUAUGUUGUGGAAAUCUAUUUAUUGGUGAUGAAAUGUCGUCACUGUUAAUAAGACUAGAUAAUGCCAAGCAGUAACUCGUAUAUUUUGUUUCUGUCUUGUAAGCUUGAUAUAUUCUGAUUAGUUUUUUUUGCAUUUUUAAUAUAUAAAUAACCCAAUGUACAAUAAAAAUGCAUUUACAAUGUCCUAAAAUAUUUCUAUAUCCAAAAUGCAAGUUGGUUUGUGAAGUAUUUUAUCUCCUGCAGUAUGUCAUCGAGAGAGAUUUGUUUAUUGCGUCUUCUUUGUAACAUUUCUUUCUUCUUUCUGCUCUUAACACUGGUUGCUGAGUUGGGUUUUUCAUUAUCAAUCUUUUC